AUGCAUAUGGAAAUCGCACAGGCAGCCGAUUUCCUUGGUCGACUACUGCAUUCAAAGCUAGACCAAGCCAUGCUGCAAGCUUUCAAAGACAAACUCAUUGAACUACUAAAACAGCGCUUUGUCUACCAUUGGGAUCCACAGCAACCUUACCGAGGCAAUGCCUUUCGAGCCAUCUCCAAUUUCAAUGGCCAACUGGAUCCUGUGCUGGUCACGGCUGCACACAACGCAUCGAUCCCACCCGUGUACAUCCACACACACUUGCCGCGUGAUUUUGUGUUGUGGAUAGAUCCAGGAUCGGUGUCGUAUCGGGUGGGUGACCAUGGCAACAUCAUGACCUUGUUUGAGGAGCGGACGCAUGGGCGUGUCACGUUGAACAACAAGAUGGAACAGCAACAGGCAAUAUCAAAGAGCAACGCCCUGGCAUACAUCCAGCAGCCGAGGAUCUCGACGCCGGUGCGUAUCUCGCCACCCAACAGUCCGGAGAGCAUCAAGGUCAUCAAGAACCACAUCCACCAGUCGUCGCCAUUGACACAGGAGCACCAGCCAGAGACACCUCCUUCCCCACCAGAGGAGCAGCAGCAAAAGCAACAGCCCUUGGUCAUGGCUAAUUGA